GCCUGCCGGCCCCGAGCUGGUGCUGAACGGAGCCGCGGCGGCUUUCGGUAGGACCGGGCGCUGGCAAAACGAGCGCGGCUCGUGGGGGAAGGCCCGCGGUUCGCUAGGUGCGGAGUCGGGAAGUCCCUGACGUGGAAAGCUUGGUUGGUUUUAAAGGGGAGCAUCGGUCGGCUGAGGCUUGAACGCCGCUGAGCCCGAGGCUGCGUGUCUGCCGCUGGUGCUGUGGGAGGCGGUGGCAGCCCGGCACUGCGGGGCGCGGCAGCUCCGUGCGGCCGCAGCCCGUCCGCCAGUGCCGAUCCGCGUCCGCUGCAGACUGACGGCCGCACUCAGCGCCCGCGGCGACGGCGAGCUGCACCAGGGCCUUCGCUGGAUUCCCAACUGGCUUUUCCCGUCAGCCAGCUAGGUUUGAGAGCAAGAGGGCGACUGGAAUAAGUGGCGGGAUAUACUAUGCUGUGUGUUCUGUGUGAGGGAGGAAAAGGAGCAGCAGGGAGCGGCCCCACACCUUUGCUGUGUUUGCCCUUGUGCUCCACGAAGGGCGUUCCUGCCUUUAGGCUUCAGCCACCAUCAAACUUCUCCCGAGGUUGGUGAUACAAAGCCCUGACUUGUCUGUGUUUAAAUCCCACUACCAGUGCUGGUCAAACAGAGCUAGUUUCACAAGCAGAGAUACUGCGCAGCUACUGCUUAUCUGCCACGGCACUCCUCUAGCUCUGGAAACACUCUCUUACACACAGUGUGGGCCGAAUGUAACACUGUGUUGGACUCCAAAUUAAGCAACAAUGGCAUUUGUGAAGAGUGGCUGGCUGCUCCGGCAAAGUACUAUUUUGCGGCGCUGGAAGAAGAACUGGUUUGACCUGUGGUCUGAUGGCCGUUUGAUAUUCUAUGACGAUCAGAAUCGCCAUGAUAUAGAAGAUAAAAUCCACAUGAGAAUCCAUUGCAUCAACCUCAGAGUGGGGAAUGAAUGCCGAGAUUUCCAGCCUCCGGAGGGAAAGCAGAGAGACUGUUUACUGCAGAUUGUUUGUCGGGAUGGAAAGACCGUCAACCUCUGUGCAGAAAGUGCAGAUGACUGUUUGGCAUGGAAAAUUGCUCUUCAGGAUGCCAGAACAAACACAGGCUACGUGGGAUCUGAUGUGAUGUAUGAUGAGACAGCAAUUUCCUCAGCCCCUCCUCCCUAUACAGCUUAUGCUACACCGUCACCUGAGGUCUAUGGCUAUGGCUAUGGUCAGUACCAUGGUGCAUAUCCCACUGUGGGUCCUCAAGUCUUCUAUGCCUCCAAUGGACAAGCCUAUGAUGUUCCCUACCAGUAUCCAUACCACGGACCAUAUGGCCAACCCCCUGCAAACCACGUCAUCAUUCGAGAGCGUUACCGUGACAAUGAUGGAGAUCUUGCACUGGGCAUGCUUGCUGGAGCAGCGACUGGAAUGGCUCUGGGAUCGUUAUUCUGGGUCUUCUAGACUAUACAUUCCUUAUCUUUGUAGUUCCAAAAACCUUUAUUGUGUGCAAUAAUAUAUUGGCAAUGUUGUUUACUGUUAAACUUUCAAAAAUGCAAUAGUUAUUUUCUAGUAGUGACAUCUUAAUAACUGAUUCUUAACUGUCCAAAGGAGAGUUUAAAGGCACUAGUUAGUGGUUGUAAAAGGCAUGUGCUGCUUUUUGACUCUUUUCUGACAUAGUAGGUUCUGUAGGGAUAAGGAUCAAUAUGAGCACCAGUGUAAUGUGGUCACAGUCAGCAGUAACCUUGUGAACAGACUGUUAAUAUAAGCACCAGUGGAAAGAAUGGUGUUGGGGUUUUUGGGGGGAUCUAAAAUCCAGUCCAGAAGGUUUAUAGAAGACGUGAACUAGCAUAUAUAUACUACUGGUUUCUAAACAUCCCCUGGACAAACAUACAGCUCAGCAGAAACUCCUUGGCAUUAGGCAGUCUGCCACGCUUAAGGACUUUUAGUUUUUAAGCUUGUCUGCAGACGGUAAUGCAUUUCCUUAGAUAGAAUCCUCUGCCUGUCUCUCACACCAUCUAGGCAGAGUUGUCUGAGCACGUACGAAGUGAAUGGCUGAGAAGCAGCAGUGGUCUCUUCUUAUUCUCCCAGAAAUGUGAAUGACCAGUGGCAAAGAAGACCAAUAUUUGUUCUUCCAGCUCCUCUAAUCAGGAAAAAGCAAUGGAUCUUCACCUUCGCAAGGGAUCUUCCUUUUCUGUAGAAGUCAGACUCCUCAGACACUGUAACCAACUGCACUGCAGAGGAAGAGGCCCUUGUUUGGUAUCUCUGCUCUUAAUGACUGCUGCUGCUCUGCAGAGUCUGCAGGAGAACUAACUUGAACAACUUUGUCAGAACCCCUCUGCAUGCAGUAUUAGCCAAAAGGGAAGAGACGCAAACAGCACAGGCAGACGUUGCAGACAGGAACAUCAGCUGCCUUGCCAUGGCUGGGGUAGUGUCUGCCUCUUCUCAGCCUCCACGGUGUCCUGAUCCAGGUUCAUUACCUGCAACUAGGUUCAAGCACGGCUGAGACUGGGUUUGUUCCAUGCACACUUCCCCCUCACCUAUAACAGGCUUCUUCUUCCCUUUCAUGAAUUAGGGGAAACACUCCAGGGAACCUGGCUGGCUCUGCUUUUAUGUCUGGUUCCUUACACAACGUGCUCCUGCAAGCUGCUGUGCUAUGGGCUGUAACGCAGAGGGCAGCUGUUGUGUGUGUUGUGGCCUGGUUCAUUAUCCUGUUGUAAUCCAUGCUGAGCUGUGCUUGGCAGAGGAAGGAAAGCUGAGAAGAAACACACGUGGCUUCCUUAAUCAGGUAAAAGAGGCAGGGUGCCCAAGAUGAGUUCUUUAUAGUAAGAGGUCUUAUUUUUAUACUUCCACUUUCAGCUUCCUGUAAUCAUACUGUUUUAAAACGUUAAGGCUUCUUUAUAUGCUUUCGUUCAGAAGGAGAUUCAUUCCUUUGAGGUUCAGAGGCUUUCGGGUACAUCAUGAAAGAUGAAAAUAAAUGAAAAUUUGCACCCACAUAAAUUUAGAUCAAGCUCUGACCUUUUUCAUUUCAUCCAAAAGCUGUCGUGGCUGUAUCCUACAUAUUUAAGCAAUAGAGGUCUUGGACAAGAAUGUGGAUAGCAGCCAGGCGGAAGCAUUAAAUUUUCCUGACUUCUAGGACCAUCUCCAACAAACUGAAAUAAUGGGAAGGAAACAGACAUAUGUUAUCUUGGCUGUACUACUAAAAGUGAGCCUAAUCCAGGGAAUGUAAACUUCCAAGAGACUUUGGCUUGGAGCCAUAUAUCAGUGUCCAAGCAUGUCCUUUCAGAAAUUAAUGAAAGGUGCAUAUGUUCUGCCAGUGGUGUGCACUACAAGGACUUCACUUGCUGCAGGUUCAAAAAAGGACUAAAGCAGAAGUUUCCUAUUGAUAAACGCAAAAGGAAGGAAGAGUGCUCUACUUAAGUUCCCACAGAGGCCUGGUACCUUUGAGCUCAGAAGGAGAUGGUGACUGCCUGCAACUUUGGCAUAGAAACAUUUCUACAGUUUUUAAGCCUUGAGGUCAUCGAUUAUGUGUCUACACUGCUGUUUAGUUGUGCUAUAUAACUAGAUGCAGAAUGCUUCCACUCCUCCUUCUGUGAUAUUUAGCUUGUAAGAGGGGAAGGAAAUAAAACAAUUGAACAUAAUUCUGAUUCCUUUUGAAUUUCAUAGUGAUUGUUAAAGAAUAGCACAAAGUGAAUCAGCUACUAAGUUCAGAGAGUUAUUUGUCCUUUUGUUUUGUUUUUAAGAAAAGAGAGCUGUUGUGCACAGCAGGAGAACAUGUAUGUUGUGUUUUCAAGAGCUAUCUAUAUCUGAGAGCCCAGCUUCUUCAAGUGAAGUAUUUAAGAUAAAGAUAUUGGUCUGGGAAAGAAGAGGCUCAGGGGAAACCUUAUUGCUCCCUACAGCUCCCUGAAAGGAGGCUGUGAAUGGUCAGGUGCUGGAAUGGGCUGCCCGGGGAGGUGUGUGUGCCACCGUCCCUGGAGGUGCUCAAGAAAUGUGUGAUGUGGUACUAAGGGACAUCGUUCAGUGGGGAACUAUUGGUAGCAGGUGUAUGGUUGGACUGGAUGGUCCCGGUGGUCUUUUCCAACCUUGGUGAGUCUGUCAUUCUAUUCUAUGAUUCUUGGGUUUAAAAUCAAAGCAAGAAAUGAUUUACUUGUAAAGUUCCAACCGAAUCAACUUUCCAUUAAAGAUACAGCCUCAUGAAAUAGUGAAUUUCUCAGUGCAAAGAAAGUACAAAUUGAUCGUUUUCAAAAUGGAUCAAAAUUAUAGUCCUAAACGUGUGCUUUUUAUUCUGAAUGGUGCUCUUCAUGCUGCAGCAAUGCCAAUGAUACCUGUACAGCACCAGGCACGUACUUUCCUAGCUUGGUCCUAAUACCUCUUACAGACAUGGGAGCCCCACCUCCACUGCAGCAUCACUGUUUUACGCAAUGCAUACCAUCAGUUAAGGAUGACGGAGUCUGUUCCGUAGCAGUUAAAGUCUAUUCAGAGUUAAAUGGCAGGGCUUACAGAGGUCUCAAGUCUCCACAUUCACAUGGAGGCUCAAAAACCAUGGAUGCAGCCAAGCUUUUUGAGAAUGAGGUGGAAGCACUCAGCCCUCUGGUAAACCAAACCAUCUUAAAGAAGUGAAGCAGGGCUGCCAGCAGAGUUCUCAGUGACGUCUGAAAACAUAUCAGCUGCUGCUGCUUAAAGGAGAGGGGCUGAGGAGCUGGCCUCUGUGAGGGUCAGGGCUUAGGAACGAUUCAGUAGGUGAAGAUUCAACCAGUCAGGCAAGAAUACACUCCUGUUUUCCUCAGAUGUGUCUGUGUCUUUUCCUCCUCAUGAUAUGACCAAGAUAUAUGUAUAUAUCAUGGAGGGUAGCAUGCAGGAAAUGCUUUUUUUCCCCCCAUUCUAGAUGAUUCUUGUUUUUGCAUACUACCAUAAAUGCUGCUUUUCCUAUACAUCCUUAUUAAUUUCUAGCAAAACAUCGUUAGCAAUAAAAUUCAUAUUUAAGCGUG